UAGGCUAUAGCUUCACAAAGGCUCGUACCUCGAACGAACAAAGGUAGCAAUGACCCGCUCAUCCCUCCUCGUAGCGUUGGUACUUGUUGCUGGAGCCAUCGCAGAUAAAGUUCCCGACUUCGUCACGAAAGGAAAAUGCCCAGCAGUGGAUGAACGAACGCUUUGGACAGCACAGAAACCCAACCACUCGAGGUUCGGAGGUACGUGGUAUCAGUACGCCAUAACUGCAAAUCCCUACCAGCUAUUGGAUCAAUGCGUCCGUCUCCAGUAUGACUUCAAUGGCAGCGGCUUUGACGCAAAGGCCUAUGGCAUCACCGCCGAAGGAAAUACACUGAAGAGACAAGGACAGAUCGCCCCUAUGCCCCUGGGAGAUCCCCACCUCAUGGUGGCCUUUGAUAACUCCUUCCCCGCUCCCCUCGUCAUCCUGGACACCGACUACGAAAACUACGCCUGCCUCUACUCCUGCAUGGACUACAACUUCGAAUACUAUUCCGAUUUCUCCUUCAUCUUCGCCCGCACCCCGACGCCCUCCAGCACAUACAUCAAGAAAUGCGAAACCGCCUUCAGCAACAUCGGCCUCGACCUUUCCCGGUUCUUCAAGACUGUCCAGGGACCCCGAUGCCCUUAUACUGACCUGGCUAGCCUUUAAAGCGUUCAAGGUCUUCGAUAAACAUUUUCUAUUCAUCAUACUUUCAGCACAAGUUUCAUUCUGUCAGUUCUUUUAGAAUCAGCCCGUUUUUUUAUCCAUAUUUUUCGUAAUAAAAAUAAGUUGUUA